GGGAUGGAAAGGCUCAUGGGGUCUUCCUGCUCAACAGCAAUGCCAUGAGGUGGUCCUGCAGCCUAGCCCUGCUCUGACCUGGGUGGCUGUGGGAGGAAUCCUGGACCUGUACAUCUUCCUGGGCCCUGACCCUCAGUGUUGUCAGACAGUACCUCCAGGUUAUAGACUGAUUAUACAAGACCCUACUCAGCAGUGAGCUCGUAGACUGAAGUGGAAUAAUGGCAGAGGAACUUGAUGAACUGCCUGUUGAAAAAUGGACUGACUCCCACAUGAGCUCCUGGUUAAGAACUAUUGGAGUGAAGGAGCAAUACAUCAAAAAACUUUAUGAGGAAGAUGUAGAUGGGAGAAUCCUCCUUGUACUGACUGAGGACUAUCUGAGAAAAGAGAUUGGAAUGAAAUCAGGACCAGCUCUGUUGAUCAUCAGAAAGAGAAAUGAGCUUGUAGACACAAAACAGAGAACUCAGGGCAAGGAAAAGCCUCAAAGUAGCAACAAUAGUGAAAAGGGAAGUAAAAAGAAGAAGCAGGGAUCAGCUCACCAGAUUCCAGAGACAGAUCAAGGUAUUUCAGAGGAAGAGAAACAAACUCAUCAAGGACAAUCUGAGGACAAUGUGUUAACCACAAAGAGAGACUGCAAGCCAUGGCCAUUUGACAAAGAAGGCAUUGAUUUCACAUAUGUCAAACAUAGUGUUCUGCAACCUGAAUCUGGUGUAUUUGAUCUGAUCUCUCCCUGUCAUGAGUACAAGUCACUUGACAAUACUGCCAAAUUGAACCGCACAAGACUACAGGCGACAUUUUCCAAAGAGGUUCUCAAAUUCGGUGCUGGCUGCAUGAAUAUCAGAUAAAAUGUUACAAUACACUUUGGUGUGAUAGACAGUAGGGAUGAUGCAGGCUAUGUGCAUGGCGAGAUAAUCGGUGUUCCGGUUUCUGAGAAAGAUACAUGUUGAUGCAUUGGAUCACAUUGAGAGGAGUUUCUCUCUCUCUCUGACAGCGAGCAUGUGCGACAGUGCAUUCGCCCACCUCGGUUUAUAGAGGUCAUGGACAUGUAUAGCACAGAACAAAGAUAUGUGGUGGAGGUUGAUAUUGUUCCCUCCAUAAGCAUUGUUAAGAACCGAGUGUACUCUGUUCGUCUGCCGAACUUCAAAGAGUCCUCUAACAAGAUUGAGCAUGAAAAGGAAACAAUCUAUCGCAGGGUAGGAUCUAAAACCGAGCCAGUGAGUGAUCAAAAUUACUUCUACCAGCGAGACAGAGAUGGCCGAAGAGAAGAGGCUGAGCAUUGUCGAUAUAUUAACACCCCAGACAUCUGCCAAGACCUUGGAAGGAAACUCACCAUGCUGAUAACCAGUGGCAAGAAAUUCAUUGAAAAGGAGAAAUGGUACAUUCUUGUCACUAACAAGUUCAAACCAGAUGACUUGAGCAACAUUGACUUCUUGCUCAACAUGAACAUUUUCUGUGUGUUCGACUUCUACCCAGAUUCCAAGCUGUCAGGACUGUGCAGUAAAAACAUCCAGCACCAUGCUGCAAAUAUACAUUUCAUGCAGAACUACAAAAUACCAAGUGGUAUAAGCAUUGCCGAUUUUGUGAGCCAUUUGCAUUUGUUUGAGCAAACUAGCUGGAUCUUUUGCAAUGGACGAAGCGAUUACAAAGGGAAUGAAAACCCCUCUGAUGAAAUGAUAUUGAUUAAAACGAAGAUGACACUCCUCAGGGAAUCCGUGUCACUGAUCUGCAAACAGAUCUUGCCAAAAGGAACAUUCACUGUGGUCUUCCUUCUCACCUCCCCAGUUGAGAAACCACUUUUGCACACCUUCUAUGAGUUCUUCACAGAUAUGGAAGGUCAUGAAGACAUCAUUUGCAUCUCAGAAUCUGAGGACAACUAUCAGAAAUGGCAAUGUUUUACAGAGGGUUUAUGUGGAACAGAAACUGUGAACCGUUCCAGUGUUGUCGGGAUGAAAAUGAGCCAUGUUGAUGCGACACCAAACACUUGCCUAUCUACCUGAAAGGACAGUGC